AUGGUCAUCGAUAACGACAGCGCUAUGAUAGUGAUGGAAAUGGUGCCAGGAGGUGGACUCGAUCACUUUCUCAAGAACAACAAUGUCAGCUGUCCUGAUCGUUGUUCUUAUGCUUUUGAUGUAUCACUCGGUUUAUACUACCUUCACAAUAAGCGGUGCAUGCAUCGAGAUAUAGCGUGCAGAAAUUGUUUAAUUGAUGAUCAGCGAAAUAUUGUAAAAAUAUCUGAUUUUGGUUUAUCGAAACAAGCAGACAGGUACAAAAUACAAGGCUUUGAAAGGAUACCUGUGAAAUGGCAAGCUCCUGAAGUGGUGAACACAUUAGUCUAUACAAAAGAAUGUGAUGUCUACUCCUAUGGUAUUCUUGUCUGGGAGAUAUUCAACAAUGCAAAACAACCCUUCGAAGAAUUCUCCAACAAAACCGUUCGGCGUCGGAGCAAAAUGGACUCACGUCGACUCAGAGCGGAUGCUAGA